ACAUGUUUAAGCCAUUUUAUAUUAUGACGGUAUCUUUCGUUUUUCAGUUUCCGAUCAAGUACUAGUGAAGUAGACGCCGGCCGAUUCAUGGCGGGGAGGAGUCAACCUCCUUACAGAAGGCCACGUGGAAACUUUUCCUCUUCUUCUUCUUCUUCUUCUUCUUCUAGAUCCUUCCAACCUUCUCAACCUUCCCGCAAAUUUAAGUCCCACCCAACCAACAACGCUUCUUCUGACAGUAACAACAACAAGACAAGCUCAACCAAUUUAGACAAAUCAAUUGAUGGAGAUAUUGAUGAUAUUUAUAAUUUACCAUCCUUAGUUGGAACUUGCCCUUUCAUGUGUCCUGUUGAGGAGAGGGAAAAGCGAGAGAGGCUGCGAGACUUAGCUGUGUUCGAGAGGCUAUAUGGAAAUCCUCGCGAAUCAUCACCAAGCCUUGCUGUUAAAAAGUUCUGCAGGACUAUAUCCGCAAAGACUCUGCAAGAUUCUGAUGUGAGGCCUCUCUCAGUGUUGGAAGACACUUUAAACUAUCUGUGUAACUUGCUGGACUCUACGGAGCAUCCCUUUGAGGUGGUUCAUGACUUCAUCUUUGAUAGGAUGAGGUCCAUUAGACAAGACCUAAGUAUGCAAAAUAUCUCUUGCAGUCGAGUGGUCUCUAUGUAUGAGAGAAUGGUUAAGUUUCAUAUAAUUUCCCAGCAUAAGCUUAGAAGAUGUAGUGGCUCAAAUAUUUCUUCGCUGUCAUACCUCAACAUGGAGCAGCUAAUGAAGGCAUUGGCGACUUUAUUUACUCUUUAUGAAGCAAAUCGAACUUCACAGUCCAUCUUCGAAAAUGAAGCUGAAUUUUUUUCCUUUUAUGUGCUUCUCCACCUUGAUUCUAAAACCCAAGGAACAGUUAAGGGGGAGACACUAUCUUUAUGGUUCCGACGCGUUCCUUCUCACAUUAUGAAGUCAACAGAAAUGAAUUUUGCUCGGAAGAUCCUGAGAUACUUCAGAUUGGGCUUCUACAAGAAUUUUAUCCAUAUCACAGAGUCUGAGGCAUCCUACUUGCAGUAUUGCAUUAUUGAACCUUCUAUCAAUGAGGUUCGAGCACUAGCUAUUUCCUGUGUGAAUUAUGGAGGAUACAAGCCUCAGCCUUUUCCCUUGGCGGCUCUUUCCAAACUCCUAAUGAUGAAGGAAUGGGAUCUAGAAUCUUUCUGCAAUGACAGUGGCCUUCAAACCUCAGUCGAUGAAGAAGGAAAUAGUUGCUUUCCUACCAAGCAAACAACUCUUAUCCAUCCAAAGGGAGGGUUGCACAAGUAUUAUCCGCUGGAAUCAGAACGGUUCGAGAGCAGGUUUUCUGUUGUACUGUAAGAGCUUUGAUGGUUAAGGAGAUGAAAAUUUGUCUGGAAGCAUUCAAUUUGCUGAGUCGAUAAGCUAUUGAGCUGGUUGGAGAUUGAAGAUUCAGCAAAAGAAUACUGGAGCUCGAGAUCAAAUUUACAUAACAUUAUUUUGAUCUUGCUCAAUGCCUCAUCUUGAAAGUACUCCGCAGUCUCGGGCCAUGCCAAUUAGAUUCGUUUUAAAGUUCGUAUUUUACGGAUGAAAAAAUAAAGUUUGUAUUUUGCAUAUUUCUGCAAUCUAACUGUAAAUGUACCCCCUCCCCCUUUCCUCUCCUCGCGAGGCACUGUAUCAUGAUUCCUGCUACUUCAAUAUCCAUAUGGAUGGAAAAGAAGAAAAGGAAAAAAAAAAGGUUUGUACCAUUCUGUUUUCGAUUCUGCAGAAAUAGAAACACGUUUUCAGUUAUAAGAACACCUGGAGCUACUCCAUUUAGAA